AAAACCUCGUUUUACAAAGAUGUGAGUUUGGCUAUAUGUAUUGCUUUAAAAAAUCGGAGGAUGUCCGAUACAGUUUUCGACUAGUACUCCAUCGAAUUUAAGAAGCGAUUCAUGUGAAUUGUUGGUGAAUCUUGACGGUUUACAAAUUUGAACAUUUUAUUGAAGUCGAUUUGAACUGCCAACGUGGCACUGAAUAAAUUAUGUUGAAAUCACCAAGCGUGUCAACUAGAAGCAAAUUUGAAGACGAUAAGCCAGAAGAAAUAUUUCCCGAAGAAUAUUUACGCUAUGAAGAUGUAGAGCCGUCGAGAGAAAGAGAACCGAAUAAAAGAUUCCACUACGAAGGUUAUAGAGACAAGAAAAUCCGUCAAUUAUCAAAAAGCCGUUCAGGACAUAUCGGACUGUUGACAAGAAUAUUUAAUGAGAUUCGUGAUUUAAUUACGCAUGAGAGAGGAAACGUGGGCGAUAUAUCGUCAAAGUAUGAAGCCUUUCGUGCAGCGUGGUAUAAAUUCAUAGAUGCACAUGAAAAUUAUUUUGCUUUAUUGGAAAGCGAAAGCAAUAGAAAAUUCGCAGUUGCAAGUUAUGAUGAACAGAAAAAAAGAAAGCUGAAACUUGAUGCCAUGGUAACCGAUUGGCGUGAUAUGGUUGAAAUGUUACGGCCCAGUGGUUCCAAAUCCGAAAGUAAACGAUCAAAGUCUGGAAGCCAACAGGUGUCACAUGUAAGCUCAAAUUUGUCAAUAAUAUCGAAGAAAAGGGAAGAAAUUGCACUUGCGCAGUUGAAACUAGAAGAAUUGAAAGUACGUCAAGGAUUUGAGGAAAAGGAACAAGAACUUAAAAGAAUGAAAGAGUUGGCCGAAGCUGAAAUGAAAGUUAAACGAGCAGCUGUUUCCUUAGAAAUAUAUCAACAAGCUGAGGAAGAGAGAGGAAAUGAGAGAUCUAAGGGAGAUAUUCUUGAAGAAAAUUUGAUUCCGUCUUCAUCGCCAAGUGUAAACGAACAGCUUCAAGAAAACGUUGGAAGUAGUCAACACAAAGUAGUUAAAUCGUCAGCGUCUGUACCCGAGACUACAAACUUCCACCAUAAAGAAUUUGUUAGUGGUUUGUCUGAUAGAAGAUUUCCUCUUAAGAACGAUUUACCACUGCUUAAUGUCCGACGAAACAGAAAUGUUUUACCAGAUCAGAUGCAAACACCUAGCACAACCUUUGAAAUAUACCGUCCAAUUCCGUUCGAACAGCAACCAUCUGCGCCAGGCCCCCUUCCUUUCGCGCCUCCUCAAGUAUUAGAAGCCCCGAAUGUGCCAGUUGCUGAACAAGAUGUCCAAUACGUUCCUACAACACGUUCCUACAACUUCGGUCCCUCCAGAAUCCCCAAUUCCUAUCCAACUCGGUGGCAACCACCAAUGGCUUACCAACCAACGCCAGUCAUGCCAGCUGUUAACGUUGAUAUGGUGCAAGCUUUGAGACAAGUUGCUAAUACACCUAAAUUGGAGUAUCUUCGUUUCGAUGGUGAUCCGAUGAAGUAUGGUGCAUUCCUACAAAACUUCGAGAACUUUCUAGAACGAGAUAAUCCUGACGAAUCGAGAAGGUUGCAACUACUGAUACAGCAUUGUUCGGGAAAGGCCAGAGAAGCAAUCGAAAGUUGUGUAAGCUUGCCCCACAAUGAUGGCUAUCACGUCGCGAAAGAGACAUUGUAUGAAAAUUUUGGAAAGCCACAUGUGAUAGCAGAAGCACAUACGAAGAAAUUAAUGAAUUUACCAAGUUUGAAGAAUGGUGAUGGUCCUUCCUUAUUACAGUUUGCAAGAUAUUUGGAAACAGCUCAACGAACUUUAACUGGUAUGGGAUCUUCAUAUGUAGCCGAUUUGGAUCAUAUGCAUGUCUUAAGAGAGCUUGCUAAGAAGCUUCCGAUGUAUCUCAGAUCCAGAUGGACAGAAUACGCAGGAAACAUUUUUGAAUCAAGACAACGACCACGAUUUGAAGAUUUUCUCAAAUUUAUCAAACAACGUGCAAAGCUGGUGAAUAAUGAAUUUGGAAGAGACAUGAAUAUUCCUUUCUCGAAGCCGAGGACGAGCGGUAAAGAUUUGACAGGAAAUGUUGGCAAAUCGGAUAUGAAAUACACGUCGUUUGCAGUAAGCGGAAAAGAGUAUCCAAAACAAUUAAUUCCACCCAGUCAAAGGUUGAAUUGUGAAGUUUGUUCUGGACAGCAUAGAGUAUGGAAUUGUCAUCAGUUUAAAAAAUCCGAAUAUAAAACGAAGCGCAGAAUUGUCUUGCAAAAUGGACUCUGUAAUAAGUGUUUAGAGAAAGGACACAUUGCAAGAACUUGUCCCAAAGCACAUUUCAAAUGUAUGGAGGUUGGUUGCGGUAAAUCACACCACACCUUAAUGCACCUACCUAAUGAUGAAAAGAAUUCUUCUUCCAAGCAGCAACCGAAGACAACAAAGUCAGCACAAACCCAAACUGGGGCCGGUGAUCAACAUGAAGUUCCAGAAAAACAAGGUACUGAAAGUAGUUCAGUCGCGACAACUCAUGUAGGAGGAAGCAGAAUAUGUUUAGGAGCAGUUCCAGUUAGAGUCCGAGGGAUCAAUGGUACACAAGAAGUACAAACAUACGCUCUGCUAGAUAAUGGAUCAGAAGUUACUUUGUGUGAUGAGAGACUAGCUAGGAAACUAAACAUAGACGGUGAAAAUACGAAUUUUACGUUAACGGGAAUUAAUGGCUCUGUUGAAGUAGAAAGUCAACUUGUUGAUAUUGUUGUGAUGUCAUUGGAUGGAUCAACGGAAGUGGAGCUACAGAAGGUGAAAACGGUUAAAGAGAUACCAAUUUCAAAUGGCUGCGUACCAAGACAAGCCGAUGUCAACAAAUGGCCACAUCUCCGUGAUAUGAAUAUUCCAGAAUUAGAAGACAGAAAUAUCAUGCUGUUAAUUGGUUUGAAAGAAAAGCCUCGUCUGUUUCUUCCGCUGGAAUGUAAAGAAGGUGGUGAUGGCGAACCAAUAGCAAUUCGCUACAGCCUUGGAUGGACUGUUAUGGGCCCUGUAGGUGACGAAAGAGAGAACGAUGGUUUCUCCGUAAAUUUCACUCGAGUUAAAGAUCAAACCCCAGUGACAGUAUAUCGUGACGAUUCUUCUGAAUUUCUAAACAAUGAGAAAAUACUCGAAGUAAGGAAGACGAACGGUCAAUUUUGCGAUGAAGUAAAAGAUCGAGAUCAGGUGAAUGAUGACAUUCUCUUACAUCAGUUACAACGACUAUGGAACACUGACUUUAAAGAUUUAAAAGCGAACGACAAAGUGUUAGCUUCAGUUGAGGAUGAAAGAGCGUUGCAUGUAAUGGAAAAAAGCGUAAAGUUGGUCAAUGGACACUUCCAGGUUGCAUUACCUUGGCGAAAGGAUCCACCCGAUAUUCCCAAUGACAAGAUAAUGGCAGAAAGAAGACUUCGUUCCUUAAAGAAUCGACUAGCGAAGGAUACUGAAUUGUUUAUCAAAUAUACCAAAGCUAUGCAGGAUUACAUCGACAAAGGACAUGCCCAGAAAGUACCCAAGGAAGAAUUGAACAAAAACAACGGAAAAGUUUGGUAUCUCCCUCAUCACCCAGUCACUCACCGAUUAAAGCCGGAUAAGACUAGAAUUGUGUUUGACUGUGCAGCCAAGUUCAAUGGUGAAUCCCUCAACCAGCAUUUGUUAACUGGACCCGAUUUAGCUAAUUCCCUGGUCGGAGUCAUAAUUCGGUUUCGCCAAGAAUCAAUCGCAGUUGUCGCCGACAUUGAGUCGAUGUUCUACCAAGUAUUGGUUGAGCCGAAAGAUUGUGAUGUAUUCAGAUUUCUCUGGUGGGAAAAUCACAACCUUGAAGAUGCGCCUACAGAGUAUCGAAUGGUGAAACAUGUGUUUGGUGCUACAUCCUCACCAAGUGUUGCAAAUUUUUGUGUAAAGAAGACCGCAUCAUCCUUUGGUCAAGAAUUUGAGCCAGAAGUGUCAGAAACGUUAGAAAAGAACAUGUACGUUGACGAUUUGAUGAAGUCUGUAGAUACACCAGAGAAGGCUAUUAAGCUAUCAGAACAACUCCGCGAAUAAUUAAGCAGAGGAGGGUUCAGAUUAACGAAAUGGCUUAGCAAUGAUCGAAAGGUCCUUGAAGAAAUUCCUGAAAGCGAAAGAGCAAAAUCGGUUGUUAACUUGGAAAUCGAUAACUUACCUACAGAAUGUGCUCUUGGAGUGAAGUGGAAUGUGGAGACGGACAAAUUUAUCUGGGAAGUUCGCGAAGAGACUAUGACAUUGGCUAAACAAAAGCUACCAACGAGACGGGGAAUGUUGUCCGUAAUAUAUUCACUUUUCGAUCCGAUCGGAUUUAUUGCUCCCUAUAUAAUGAAGGCGAAGCUACUGUUGCAAGAUCUGUGCCGAAAGCAACGAGCUUGGGACGACGAAAUCGAAGAACAAGAAAAACAACAAUGGCACCGUUGGUUGACUGAUCUUCCUAAAUUAGAAGAAGUGAAUACAGAUCGUUGUUUCAAACCGAAAGAUUUUGGUGAAGUAAAGAGCUCGAAGCUGCAUAUUUUCUGUGAUGGCUCACGUGUGGGAUACGGAGCCGUGGCUUACCUACGAUUAGAGAACAACGACGGACGUAUUCAUUGUUCAUUCGUACUUGCAAGGGCACGUCUUGCACCCAUUCGCGAAAUCACCAUCCCAAGAUUGGAGUUAUCUGCGGCAGUAAUGGCUGUACAGCUGCGUCAAACAAUUGAUGAAGAGCUAGAAUAUAAAGUGGAUAGCGUAACGUUUUGGACGGACUCCAUCUCUGUUCUGAAAUGCAUUAAGAAUGAAAACAAACGUUUCCAUACAUUUGAGUCUAAUCGUUUGACUGUGAUACGGAAUGGAUCUUCUGUCUCUGAAUGGAGAUAUGUCGAAGGCAAGAAGAAUCCGGCUGAUGAUGCAUCCAAAGGUUUGAAAUUGGAAGAGAUGUUAGCUAAUAAACGGUGGUUAGAAGGUCCAGACUUCCUGUGGAAUAGUGAAGAUUCCUGAUGAAAGUACACCAAAGGAAAGUUGGAGAUAAUGUUUCCAAAGUGAAAACUGGUGAUUUGGAAGUUAAAGAAUUGAAGCAAGCAGAAAUAGACAUUGUUCGUUUCGUUCAGUCUAUGUCAUUUCCCGAGCUAGUAAAAUUUGAAAAUAAUAAGCAUCUUUCAAAUGGAAACUAUACGAAGAAAGUUCUUAAGGAAACCAAGACGUCGUUAUACCAGCUAAACCCAUUGGUGAGGGACGGUGUUUUGGUCGUAGGAGGACGACUUAAGAAUGCACAAAUCAACGAAGAAGCGAAACAUCCGAUAAUCCUUCCAUAUAAGCAUCACAUAACGGAUCUUAUAAUUAAACAUUAUCAUGUCAAGGUUGGUCAUAUGGGUCAGGAAUCUGUGUUGGCAUCAUUAAGAGAAAGAUUUUGGAUCCUAAAGGGACGAUCAGCAGUUCGUCAAGUAAUUCGAAGAUGUAUCGAUUGUCAGAAAAGAAAGAAACCACCAAGUGAACAAUUUAUGGCAGAUUUGCCUGAAGAUAGGAUCAAAGCUUAUGAACCUCCAUUCACGUUUGUAGGAGUUGAUUAUUUUGGUCCCUUGGAAGUAAAGCAAGGUAGAAGUCGGGUUAAAAGAUAUGGUUGUAUCUUUACUUGUUUGAGUAUUCGUGCUGUGCACAUCGAAAUAGUGCAUUCAUUGGAUACGGAUGCAAUGAUCAACGCGUUAAGAAGAUUCAUAAGUCUACGAGGAUAUCCUAAAGAAAUUAGAAGUGAUUGUGGUACUAAUUUUAUGAAAGCAGAUAAGGAAUUAAAAGCUAAUAUCGAGGAAUGGAAUCAACUGAAAAUUGGAACUUUCUGUGCUCAAAAGGGAAUAAAAUGGACGUUCAACCCACCAAGUGCGAGUCAUAUGGGCGGUGCAUGGGAACGAUUAAUAAGAUCCGUACGUCAGAUUCUUCGAGCGCUGCUGAAGGAACAAAUUGUUGGAGACGAAGUUCUAUUAACCGUCGUGGCUGAGGCAACAACCAUCUUAAAUAGUAGACCCCUUACGAGAAAUAGUGAUGAUCCACGAGAUGAAAUACCUCUUACCCCAAAUCACUUGCUACAUUUACGCCCUUGUCCUGCAUUACCACCCGGAGUGUUUACAGAGCAUGACCAUUAUAAGCGUCGAUGGAAACAAGCUCAAUAUUUAGCUAAUAUAUUUUGGAGACGAUGGAUUAAAGAGUAUCUUCCAAAUCUUCAAAUUCGACAAAAGUGGAUGCAACGAAAAGAAAACAUAAAGGUUGGAGAUCUCGUACUUCUCAUGGACGAAAAUUACAGACGAGGACAGUGGCCGCUUGCCCGCGUUGUCGAAGUGUUUCCAAGUGAGGAUGGUUUAGUCCGCAGUGUUAAUUUGAAGACAAGUUCAACAGUGGUUACUCGAGCCAAACGAACACGACGCGGAGAGAUAAAAACAACAAUGACCUAUCUUACCCGUCCAGUGACGAAAAUAUGUCGUUUGGAAAUGGACAUGCAAUGAAGAUAAGUGAAUACAUGAAAUAUUGGUAGCCUCUCAUUAAUUUGUAAAUGAAGCUUAUGAGUUAGUAUUCAUUUAGGGGCCGGUGUAGCUACCAAUUAAACUAAACUGAUCAUGCAUGUAAUUUAUGUUAAUUACCUUGUUAUUGAUAUAUAUAUAGUUACUGUUAGGUAUAGACAUAUCACAUAUGCAUAGUGUAAGCGAGCGAACAGCAGAGUAAAGUCUUUAAAGACUUGGAUUAUUAUAUAUAUUUAGUGGGUUUAUUAAUACACGUUCAAUAGCAAAAAGCUAAAUUACAAAGUGUUUACAUCGUCAGAUAUUAAUUAGAAUUAAUUAGAAUUAUUACUUAUUUAAAACUAUUUACAUCAAUGGACCUAUAUGUAUAUUAAAAUCGUUUAUAUAUAUAUAUAUACAUAUAUGGAAUUGUAUAAAAUGUAUAUAAAUCUUACUUUUCUAAUUUAAAAUUAUAUUCAUUAAUAGCAUGAACUACAGGGCUGUUUCUAAAACGUUCAGUGUUGCAAAAAAAGUUAUAAAUCUUUUCACCAUUUGUCCUAGUCUCUCUUUCCCUGAUGUCACUCAGUUUCUUUGGCAAUAGUCCGUGAAGUCUGUGUAAUGGUUGUAACAUGUUCUCAAUUAAGGAGGCACAUAAAUUGUUUCUGCGUUCUUCUAAGGUCAGCAGAUUGCUCUGAGAUAAUAGAAGUCCAUAAUCACAAAGGCCAGGAUAAAUUAUUCUGAGGGCUUGUUUUUGGAUUCUUUCUAUGUUUUUCUUAUGCAUUUGUGUCAGACCACCACUCCAGAUUUGUGCACCAUACUCCAGAACAGAACGAAUUACUGUACAAUAGAAAGCUAAUAGGUCAUUUUUUGGUGCACCAUAACUCUUUAAGAUCUUCAAGAGGUAAAGUCGCUUAGCGCCUUUUUUUACAAUAUACUCAGUGUUGGUUUUCCAUCUGAUGUCAUCGUCUAUCCAUAUUCCUAACAAUUUAUACGACUUUACACGGGAUAUUUUAUCGUCGCCAAUAUUAAUCAGUGGUAUUUCUGUUUUCUUCUUCCGAAAAUCAAUUAGCAUUUCUUUACAUUUUUUCCCAUUCAGUUCCAUACUCUCAUCCUUUGCAAAUUGCACUACGUUAUUUACACUUCGUUGGGUGUUACCAAUUGGACUACCAGAUGAAUGUUGAGUUAUGGUAAUGACUUCGGACAAUGUACUAUCAUCAACGAACAUAGCUAUAUCUUGAUCAUCAGAUGCUUCACAUAUCUGUUCCUGCUCAUUAGGUAUAGCGACUUGUGGGAGAUGGUUAAUUUUUAGGAUAAAUGCUAUUGGACCCAGCUUGCUACCCUGUGGGACUCCUCCCCUGAUCUUUCGCAGGUCUGAUUGCUCACCUUGAAAUGAUGUAAAUUGCGAUCUGCCAUGUAGAUAGGACGCAAACCAACCCACUAAUGCGGGCCGUACACCGAUUCCAGUGAAGGUCUCAAGAAGCUUGUUGUGAUCUACAAGAUCAAACGCCUUCCGAAAAUCAAGAAAAACAAUUCUAAUGACCUUUCCUGGAGUGUGCAUUGCCGAGUGCCAUUUAUGCAGUAAGUAGAUCAAGGCUUGAACUGCAGAUGUACCAGGAAGGCCGCCAAACUGGAAUUCACUAAUUUUUUCCCGAACAUCUUCAUAAAUCCAUUUGGUGGCGUAUGACUCUUGGACUUUGGACAAGGUACUUGUUAGCGCAAUUGGUCUCAGAAGAUCUACUGAACAGCAAGGCUUGAUCUUUGGUAUUCCACACACCUUGGAUACUUUCCAUAUAUCCGGGAAGAGCCGACAAGAAAAGGACUCAUUAAAUAUGUGUGUUAGAGGCCCUGCAAAGUAUUUUGCAUAUAUUGACUGGAUUAUAGUUAUACGAACUAAAGACAAGAGACCAUAUAGUCGGUAUGUGUAUUUUAAAUUGACAUUUGUGUUUGUCAUAGUAUUUGUUCAUCUGUUUGUACACCGUAAUGUAAAUAGUAUUUGUAAUGUACGUUUAUAUUUAUUAAUAGAAAACCUCGUUUUACAAAGAUGUGAGUUUGGCUAUAUGUAUUGCUUUAAAAAAUCGGAGGAUGUCCGAUACAUAAGGACAGAAACAUUUAUACUUUGUAGUUGGCACUCCUAUGCUCAAAUUCAACAUGGCGGAUAUAUAAGGGCAUUUUUGUUUUCAAUUUGGACACCUGUCACGUGACCUAGCACGCAUUCUAGGUCUAAUAUUUCUAUGCUUUCAGCCCAUCGUACGAUUCGAGCACAUGAUAUAAUUGUUAAAUUUUCAAGUUCCCUCUCAUCAAGCAACAGGAAUAAAUUUCCACAUAUUCUUUACUCAUGCACAAAUCCCUUGCUAUAAAAUUUCUCAAGUUUGUUAAAAACAAAUCACUUUGCGAAAUACUGUUCAUUGUUUUCGAUAAGUACACUAUAAAUAUCAACAAACAACAAAUCAACAACCACAAAUAACAAUAUGAAUGACAACAAAUCAAAAAGCUACAGCAGAUGCAUGGUGGCAAUAGCAAAAAAAAACAAUAGCGAAAACGAAACGCAAUAACAACGACCUCCACAGGAACACCGCCACCAACAAUAUAUAAUUGAAAAUAUUGAUUUAGCCAUACGUAUACAUGGUUGUUUACCUGAGCAUUUUUUACCAUUUCCUGCAUAACCAGUGAGACAAGCACAGUUGUAGGAACCAUUGGUGUUGAUACAAUUCGAGUUCAAAUCACAAUCGUUGCUGGUCGGUUCAGAACAUUCAUCUAUGUCUAAAAUGUGAAAGAUUUCGAGGGUUUUCGGAAACUUAUAUAUCGAGCACUUUGUUUAUUCGCGAUUUUGUAUAAGUUUUAUCCUAUUAGGACAUUUUAUACAUGUGAAAUUGUAUCCAUCACCAUGAUAACUUCUGCGACAUUCACGGUGGUAUGGAACAACUAUUCAUACAUCUCGCGUUUGCAUGUCAUGAGUGCGAGUCAUGAAAACACGAUGUUCAAUAGUUGUGAAUGGAUCUGAUGCGAGGUGGGUACGUGGUUUGAGAGAAUGUCGGCUAUAUGUAUAAUGGUGCAUGGUCAUCGGGUUUUUGUAAGGUUUGUAUUUUCCAUUGCGGAGGUCGAAAUUACGGACAACUAGAAAUUUGCCACACACGUAGAUUUGCCCCUCCAGUGAUUUUUAAGUUAAGUUGCUCGAAAGUAAUGUGACUAGAAAUAUUACUAUCAAGUUAUUUAGGUUUUGAGUAUAAAUUUAUUAGCGUGUAUACACGUACGGUGAAGUUCAUUGCGUCUGUUAUGUGUUGCUAUGUACGGUUUAUAAACUGGUUGAUAGCUUUCAGCCAUAGAUAUAAUAGACCUAGAAUGCGUGCUUCUAUCUUUUCUUAGAAAAAAAUAUGUCUUCACAAAAUGGCGGAUUUAUGAGGGCAUUUUGGCUAGUCCCAGAUUCCUGCGGCAAGCAAUUUCGCGCGGUUGCAGGGAGAACGCGAAUUGUUUUUUUUUCAACCAAGUUUGCAAAAACAAUUAUAUCAAGACUAGAGGGGAAAAAACAGUUUUUUAAAGGAGAAAAAGUGUCUAAAAACCCAUUCCAGUGCUGGCUUUUUUACGAAAAGAACUAGUUCUGAACAGAAUAUAUACACAAUCAUCGUUUCAAAAUACAUUUUCAACGUUGUUGUGCAAGCCAAAAGAGAACACGAAAGAUCAAGACAUACUCAAACUCAAUAAUAAGGAAUCUUCUAAAAAUAUUUCAGCUGUUUUAUAAUAUAAAUGGAGUUUAGUAAACUUACACAACUACUUUUUUAUAUUUUUUUACGUUGCUUGAGCUUGAGACAACGCUUUUGAAACCAUAGUUUUCAACGAUUAUUUUUAAUAAUAGGCGAUUUACAGUUUAUCGACAACUAAAUAUUUUUGUUUCAAAAACAUGAAAACACUUCGUUUCGAUUGAAGAAAAACGAAACCCGACAAAGAAUAAACUAUCAUUUCGUAAUUUAAUAAAAUAUUAGCAAUGCAGUUACGUUCAGAGCAUGCAAAAAUGUUUUAUGAGUAAAUUAUAUUUUAAAUUAACACCCGAAACUACUUUGUUUUUACAAAGCUGCACGAUUUUCACCGUUUUUGUCAGUAACUGCACAGUCAUUUGCUUCUAGUCUUGAAAGAACUUAAUAUUACAAAAUAUAUCCCCAAACUACAAAUUAGAGAGCAAUACAAAACCUUUUGACGCUUUGACGCAAAACCUUUUAGCUUUAUUUAUACUUUGUAGUUGGCACUCCUAUGCUCAAAUUCAACAUGGCGGAUUUCAGAUAAGCACAUUUUUGUUUUCAAUUUGGACACCGUCACGUGAUCAAGCACGCGUUCUAGGUCUAAUAGUUCUAUGCUUUCUGCCCAUCAUACGAUUCGAGCACAUGGUAUAAUUGUUAAAUUUUCAAGUUCCCUCUCAUCAAGCAAUAGGUAUAAAUUUCCUCAUAUCAUUUUCUCUUGCACAAAUCCCUUCCUAUAAAAUUUCUCAGGUUUGAUAAAAACCAAUCACUUUGCGAAAUACUGUUCAUUAUUUUCAAUAAGUACACUAUAAUUAUCAACAAACAGCAAAUCAACAGCCACAAAUAAGAAUACGAAUGACAACAAAUCAAAAAGCUACAGCAGAUGCAUGGUGGCAAUAGCAUGAAAAAAAAACAAUAGAGACCUUUAGAUUUCGGGCUUGGAUGUCAAGUUCGCAUUUAGUUUUUACACCUUUUCAGUUUUCGCGCUUUUUGUCUGUUGACAUAGCAUUUCAGAGAACGAGAUUCUUAAAAGAUAGUUAAGCUAUCCCUACACUUUUAGUGGUUAAAAUAUCUUCGUAAUAUAGUAAGAAUAUAUUAUUGAUAAAAUGCAAUACAACUUUAAUAUAUAAGUUGUCAAUAUAUCGCAGCCAUUUUGAAUACAUGCUAUUCCAGUGGCCACUUCAAAUUUGAAAAAUCAACAUGCUUAAAAGAUUUAAUCGAACUCAAUCAUUAUUUAUAUUUAAGGACUAAACGUAUACCAACAAAAAUGGACUAUAAUUACACGAAAUAAUUCGACGAAAUAGAUAUGAAAAGCUUGCGGGAAAUGACUUACGUGAAAAACCUUCUCUUGCGUUGAAAACCUCAAGACUAUACGGAAAACGCAACCGCUGGGAUGUAGUAACGUGGUCUCUUGACGUUUGCGGUUUGACGUUUCAACCAAAAACGAACAUCUAAAUGUCUCUAAUAGCGAAAACGAAACGCAACAACGACGUCCACAGGAACACCGGCACCAUGCAACAAUGUAAUUGAAAAUAUUGAUUUAGACAUGCGAUGGUUGUUUACCUGCGCAUUCUGUACCAUUUCCUGCAUAACCAAUGCGACAAGCACAGUUGUAGGAACCAUUGGUGUUGAUACACUUCGCGUUCAAGUCACAAUCGUUGCUGGUCGGUUCAGAACAUUCAUUGAUGUCUGAAAUGGGAAAGAUUUCGAGGGUUUUUGGAAACUUAUAAAUCGAACACGUUGCUUAUUCGCGAUUUUCUGUAAGUUUUAUUCUGUUAGGACAUUUUAUACAUGUGCAAUUGUAUCCAUCACCAUGAUAACCUCUGCGACAUUCACAGUGGUAUGAAACAACUAUUCACACAUCUCGCGUUUCCAUGACAUGAUGCAAGUCAUGCAAACACGUUCAAUAUAGUUGUGAAUGAAUGCGACGCGAGGUGGGUGGUUUGAGUGUCGCCUAUGUAUAAGAUGGAGUCAUUAUGGUCAUUGGGUUUCUAUAAGGUUUGUAUUUUCCAUGAUUGCGGCAGUCGAAAUUUCUGACAACUAGAAAUUUGCCAUACACGUAAAUUUGCCCCUCCAGUGAUUUUUAAGUUAAAUUACUCGAAAGUAGUGUGUUAUUUAGGUUUUGAGUAUGUUAUUUACGUUUAAGUUAUUUAGGUUUUGAAUAUAAAUUUAUUAUCGUAUGCACACGUACAGACAAGUUCAUUGUGUCGGUUAUAUGUUGCUAGAUCGAGUUUGUAAACAGGCUGAUAGCUUUCAGCUCAUCCUACCACAUGGUACAAUUUUUAAAUUUUAGAGUUUGCUCUCAUCAAACAACAGGAAUAAAUUCCCAAAUAUACUUUACUCUUGCACCAAUCCCUUCCACUAAAAUUUCUCAGUUUUGUUAAUUAAAGACAAGUCACUUUGCGAAAUACUGUUCAUUAUUUUCGAUAACUACACUAUAUUUAUCAGCAUACAACAAAUCAACAACCACAAAUAACAAUAUGAAUGACAACAAAUCCGAGAGUUACAGCAGCUGGUGCUAAUAGCAAGAAAAAAUCAGAACCAACAACAAUGUCAGCAACAAUAGCGAAACCGAUACGCAACAACGACGUCCAAAUGAACACCGCCAUCAACAAUACAACUGAAAAUAUUGAUUUAGCCAUGCGUAAAUAGUUGUUUACCUGAGCAUUCUUUAUCAUUUUUUGUAAAACCAAUGUGACAAACACAGUUGUAGGAACCAUUGGUGUUGAUACACGUCGAGUUCAAAUCACAAUCGUUGCUGGUCGUCGGUUCUGAACAUUCAUCAAUGUCUGAAAUGGGAAGGAUUUCCAGAGUUUUCAGAAACUUAUAAAUCGAGCAUGUUGUUUAUUCGCGAUUUUGUGUAAGUUUUAUUCUGCUAGGACAUUUCAUACAUGUGCAUUUGUAUCCAUCACCAUGACAACCGCUGCAACAUUCACAGUGGCAUGAAACAACUAUUCACACAUCUCGCGUUUGCAUGACAUGAGUGUCAGUCAUGCAAACACGAUGUUCAAUAGUUGUGAAUGGAUCUGAUGCGAAGUGGGUACGUUGUUUGAGAGAGUGUCAGCUAUAUGUAUAAUGGGUGCAUGGUCAUUACUAGGUUUCUAUAAGGUUUGUAUUUUCCAUUGCGCAUGUCGAAAUUAUAGUGUGAACUAGAAAUUUGCCAUACACGUAAAUUAGGCCUACUUAGUGCCAUAGCAAGUUCGAUAACUGGGGGGAUCAUAUUCAAAUAUUCGUGUUCACAGACCAUAAAAACAGUCGAUUUCAAAAGAAAUUAAUAACGCAGAACAAGAAAAUAUGAAUAUGAUACGUCACUGCUACUCUGGAAUCUGAACUCGCUUUAAAUCGCCUAAAAUCGCGGGUUAAAAUUGUCAAAUUUCUCUUAAAUUGCCUAAAAUCGAUUAAAAUCGCAAUAACUCGCCAACAGGCAUUGUUUUGAUACAUUCAGGUCUAUGUACACAAGUUUAUCAAUUGCUGCUGUUUUUCUGGUAAAUCAUGUAACCCAGUUGUUUUGCAAUCAAAAGUAAUACACUGUGCCUUUCUACUCCCUGUGAGUUGUGGCUCUUUUGGAAAUCAAAUAUUAUAUUUUGCAAUUUUAAGUUUUAGCUCAACAUAAAUUGAUAAAAUCAAAGUUUAAGACAUGUGUAAUUUACUUAUAGGUUGGCACAUUGCAACGUCGCGUUCAAAUCACAAUCGUUGCUGGUCGGUUCUGAACAUUCAUCGAUGUCUGAAAUGGAAGAGGUUGCCAGAGUUUUCGGAAACUUAUAAAUCGAGCAUGUUGUUUAUUCUUGAUUUCAAGUACGUUUUAUUUUGUUAGGAUAUUUCAUACCUGUACAGUUGUAUCCAUCACCAUGAUAACCGCUGGGACAUUCACAGUGGUAUGAAACAACGGUCUCCACACAUCUCGCAUUUACAUGACAUGAGUGUGUGCCCAUAGAACACUCGUCUGCGCCUAAAAUAUUUAGUAUAUGAAUUGAAUUGAUUUAAUAAUUACUGACUUUGUAACCAAAAAGUUAAAUUACACCAGUAUUACAUAAAUUUAAGAGAAGUUGAAACUACAUAAUUAUUACAUAUUUAAGAGUAUUUACAUUUCUAAAAACUUACUUAUUUAUGUUAAAUAAUCUUUAAAAUACUUUGAGGCAAAAACGAAUUCUUAAGACGCAUGGCCAGAAAUCACGGACAUAAAUUAUUGUACUUCCUUACUAAUUUGCAUAUCACUUUGAAGUAUGGUUCCAAGAGUACAUAGUAGAUUGUACAACGUGAUGUUGUUAACGCAAAAUCGGAGAACAUCAUAGAUCCUUUGGAAUUUGCCGCAAUCGCUGGUUGCAAAACAAAGCCUGUCGAAGAAUUUAGUGUAAUAUUAGCCUGAUUUAAGUUACUACCAUUCCUGCUUUUCCUAUAUUUGUAAGGAGGUUAAUUUUUAACUACAUUUGUCUAUUUAACUCUAUAUAACAAUACCGCACUAGGAAUAAACUAAAAAGCAAGGGAAAAAACCGGAAAUUAAACUAGGCCAAAAUUACACUAGAUACAUCGACAGACUUUCAUUUAGCACCAGCAAUUUCGGCAAGUUGCAAACGACCUACCAUAUUCUUAGAUUUUGCGAUUUACCUCAUCGCGUUGUACUUCUAUAUAUACUGUUUAGAGUUAAAGCCAUAUUUCAAAGUAAUAUGUAAUUUUUUAUGAAAUUAGAAUUAAUUUUGUCCGUGAUUUCUGGCCAUGUUCAGUUCUAUACAAACAUAACAGUAUGAUAUUAACAUAUUAGUCUUAGAUCGUAUCCAGAUAAAAUUGUUUGUGGUAAAAGAUGUUGGAGUUUUUCAUUGUCAAUAUUCUUCUCAAAGAAAUAUUCGCAUAUUUUUUUCUCGGCGAUCCCUCGGCGACAUGAUGUUGGACGUGAUCAGUGCUUCAUCAUAUUUUUUUGAUGGAAGGAUGAUCCAGUCUCAAUGCUCGUUUUUGAAUUUGUUCAAUAUCUUCACAUCAAUAUUGGAUAUUAUCGCCCCAUGUGAGGUAAUCCAGGAGGUAUUUGGAUUCCGGAUCCUACUCCUUGGAUUCCGGAUUCCACAUCUUGGAUUCUGGAUUCCGGAACUGUAGUGGAUUCCGGAUUCCAAUUUAUUAUUUUGUGUAUUCCAAAGCCAAUAAAUACACUUUCAGUUCCCAGUGCACCUGUUACUGUAUAUAUUAUCAAAGACGUUUUGAUAAUAAAAGAUAUAGGUUCAAAUAAGUACAUCAAAAUUAUAUAUCGACACUCUGUAGUGCAACUAACAUUGUUUUUGUUUCGCGGCAAGGCCCUCUUCAGAAACCUUUCUAAAAAGUUAAUUGUGGUGUCAACGGUGGGAAAGAACAACGAUUUUUAACUUCUGGGAAAUUUUUUUGAUUACCCCAAAAUUCUACGCGUGUCUUGGUUUACUUGCUCUUGACACUUAUUGUUCUGGUAAAAUCAGUACCUAACAAAAUUACAAUAAAUACAUAUUUUUUCCAAUAAAAUUACCAAAUAUCGCGCCGAGUAGAUGGUUGUUUCACUAUCUAUCAAUGAAGAGACUUAUGGUGAGUAGCUUAGCCUAGUAACAAUAACUAUGAGAUAAAUAUACUAUUUAAUCUAUAUGUAGACUACCAAACUUUCAUGAUCAAGAAAAUGUUUCACAGCUUUGCUACUCAGUUAUUAUUCUUGGCCACUGAUACUGCAUUUGUAGCCUAACAGAACAUCCUCUAAGUGGUGUUGUAACAAUCCAGUGUUUGUAUUAAUCAGCUGACAUAGGAUAAGUAACAAUUACUUUAAUUACAAUAUUUCGAAGUAUAGCCUUCUCUUUAGGUAAGCAACGCAGCUGCAUGUAAAGGUAUGAAAACUUUUAAUUAACUUUAAACACUUUAAACUUUAAUGCAUGUCAAACAACUACAUAUCUUAAAAACAUGGAGCUAUACUUCGAAUUACUAACUAAUCUCUGUGGCUUAUUAUGACUAAACCUGUGGUUUAAAGCAUGAUCAUGGGUUUUACUUUGUUGGGCAAACAAAGCCAGUCGGGCAAUAUUCGCUUCACAGUCGGGCAAUAUUGGCUUAUUAUAAAAAUAAAUGGGACAAAUUCUGUCAAUUGUGUGGGAAAUUCUGUCAAUUUUGUGGGAAAUAUGCUAUCUGAUAGGAAUUUUUCGUAAUCACUCCCCCGCCCCCCCUCCCCGUUGACAACAAUUUUGGAAAGUUUCUCCGGAAAUUUUUUUGACACCGCGGGCACAAUCCGAAAAAGUCGGGCAAAUUGCUGUUCCCCUCUAAUUUUUUUCCUUCCCGUACGCCCAUGUUCGCUAACCUGAAUAUCGGAUUAACCUUAAGGUUCACAUUUUAAAAUUAAUGCAUAGGGAUAAAAUGAAUAAUUAUUGUAGAAACAUGUACUGUAUCACUAUAGCUGAGAAGGAAACGCGUUGUUCUUCCAGACAGGCUGACACCCGGAAAUCUUGGGGAAAGUGCGGCAAGUUUAACACUUCCCCCAUCUCUUCUUCCAUCUCUUCUUCCACAUGCUAUUGCUCCUCGUCUCCAGUUUCCUCAUAUCCAUUAGCAAUGCGUGAUACUUGAAUGUUCUCCUCCGGAGAGACUAGAAACUGUUCGCGUUGAAACAAAAUCCCGCGGGAGUCGGCCAUGAUACACUUCGGGGAGUUCUUGUCACAGGUAUCACCCAUAGAUAUCCUAUAUACACUAGAUAGCGCAUCUCUUUAAGUAAAAUUGAAGCCAAGAAUAUUCUAGCGGUUACCCCCAUUUGAAUAGAUGGCGGCCAUGUUGAAGUUUCCCACUCGCUAAUAAACGCUUAAAAACAAUAACUUUCAUCAUUUGAACAGUUUGAAAAUGUAUUUGGAAUAGGUUUAACUUAAUGUUUAAGUUCCCUGUUUAAAAAAUAGAAAACAAACGAGUCUUCUGAUUUCAUGGGAAUAUCCUGAGCCUGCAAUCACGUCUUCAAUUUUUGAAUAGCAGAGUGGAUCCUCUGUUUGGUUAAGCCAUCGAAUGCUCAUAUUGUUCCUCAAGAACAUUCCACUGUCAGCUUCGACGCAAACGUCCUCCAGAAGAAUAGCUAAACAGUACGGGGAUGGUUCCCUCCUUAAAUUGUGGCUGAUGACGACGACGUCACCCUGGGUACAGAACCCUAACCAGUGCUGCAUGAAUUGCCUCGAUUACUGUUGGGUGCAUUGACAGUCUGGCAUUCUUACCCAAUGUCCUCCACUUCUUCCGAGGCGGUAACGGCGGCUGGUCUCAUGCUCAAGGAAUAUUGAAGGGUUCCUGUAAUCUUUUUCUUCUUUGUAGGAACGUUUUCUUGUCUCACUUCCCUGCCGUAUUCGCUUACAAAUUCUCACAUUACUUCCUCGCGCCUUUUUUCAUUGUCUUUCUACCCACUUCCCUUACUCGCAACACUUUGCUUUGUUGCACGGGAGGCCAUGUUGGGCGUGUCGCUCUUGAUAAUUUCCUCACGGUAAAAUAAAUUGGGUCCAGUGAAAUACGAACAAAUAUGAUUACAACAAAUAUGCUUUUUUUUUAAAUUAAUAAAACAAUGGAUUUCAGAACGACCUGGGCUCUGAAUUCCGGAUUCCUCAGUUAUUUGGAUUCCAGACUCCACUGUCUGAAUUCCGGAUUCCAAGACUCCGGAUUCCGGAUUCCUAAAAAAAAAAUAAAGUCGGAAUCCGGAUUCCGGAUUACCUCACACGGGACGAAUAUUAUAAUGCCAGACCUGGAACGCAUACUCCAAAGCAGGUCUAAUAAUUGUACUAUAUUCAGUAAUCAAUGUGUCUACACACGUGUUGCACCUUUUCAGCAGCCUUAGCAUAUAGAGUCAGCCUCUUGCUAGCUUUUUAUCUAUGUUGUGUAUAUGUUCAUUCCACUUCAUGCUGUCAGUUGAACUGUGACGCCAAAGACAAGGGCAGAUUUUGCUCGUUCACUAUCAACUUCAUCCAAUGCUAAAGGAGCGAAAGCAAUGCUUCUCUUCUGCAAAAUCAAUAACCAGCUCUUUGCAUUUUCCGAUGUUUAGUUUCAUAUUACUACUCGUUGUCCAAUUAUCGAUGUAAUUAACCAGAUUUUGAAGAUUGCUGUUACAGUCUGGGGUAAUGGUUUCAGUAGUAGUAGUAUCGUCAACAUAUUUCCAUCGAUCCUUCCAAUCGGCGAGAAGAUAAUUUAUCAUGACUGGGAAGAGGAUUGGGCCUAAAAAGUUACCAGUAGUACUCCACCGUUGAGGAUUUGCCAUUAGAUACUUUAAAAUUGCGCAACGCAGGCGGUACUGUAUUGGUAAUAUUGUAAAUUAUUUCAAAUAUUUAAACUUUAAAAAGAAUUCGAAAAUUAGACUUAUUUUAAAAAAUGUAUGUAGUUAACGUUGGGGCUCUGUUAAGGAAUGCCUUAACAUAUCUAUACAAAAACACUACAUCCAUGUAUUUUGAAUUAAACCCACUUGCUCUAAAUUAGUAUUUUGGAUGAUUUUAUAUCGCAUUCGUACCUAUAAUCUUUUUGUUUUAGUGGCAGAAACUAUGAGGGCAAUAACUUCUUGAAGCCUGAAUCAGAAAUAGCUUUAGCAGUGUAAAUUUGCAUCUUAUUUUAUGUCUGCCACUGGAAAAUGAGAAGUGGCGUAUAUUACUCACAUUAUGCCUCACAUUUAAAAUUUGCAUGAUGUAAACAAUUUAUACUAUAUAUAAUGACUACUUUUUGAGGUAUGUAAAGAUAUAUUAAACAUGAUGUUACUUUGUUACUUUUAUGAAAUGAUGCAUUGUUUCACAAAGACAAAGGGGAUAAAAAUAUCAACAACUCAACAUGCAAGGCUAAUAAUAAAUGAUAAUAUAUCAUGUUCAAUGAUAAUAUAUCCAUGAUAAUAUAUUCUUCAAUAAUGAUAUAUUAUGUUCAAUAUAGGCAUACAGGUUCAGGAAGGAAAAAAUUAGGGGAGCGGAAAAAAUUGGCCCAUUGUGCCCGAUUUGUCGAAAAAGAAAUUCCGUGAAAACAUUCCAGAAUUUUUGUUCAAAAUUAUGUAUUAUCAUAACAUAUGCCAAUAUUGAGAGAAUUUCUCUUUUUAUUUUUAUAAACCAAUGUUGCUCGACUGUGAAGCGAAUAUUGCCCGAUUGGCCUAGUCUGUCCAACAAUCUGAGGGCCAACUGCCCCACCUGCCCCUCCCCUCCCAGUCUUGCAUGCCUAUGAUGUUCAAGCAAUGAAUAGUAUACAUAACAGCCACUGGUUUGACAGGUAAUUAUAACUAGGUAUAGUCACAUAAAAUGAUCAAAUAUGAAUCUAGAACGUUUUUUUGGCAAUGAUGUUUUCUGAUGUUCAGUUCUUGUUUGUAAGUUUACAAAAAAAUUCUAGAAUUGCCCGUUGCUGUUUUUGUAUUAGCAUCAUUUGCAAGUUUUCAGUUUGUUGCAUGCGUUGUUGAAAUUGCUGCUGCUGUUUCUGCUGUUGCAUGUUUUGGUCCUGCAUUGCAUGUAGCAUCUCCAUUUGUUGCUUGCUGGCAUCCUUAUGUAUGGCCAAGUUCGCAGUGUGUUUCUUCUCCUCCAAUUCUAACAUUUUCUAUUUGACUUCCAUCUCCUCUUUCUGCACCUUUUUCUCACUCUCGAAUUUUUUCUUCAAAUAUAUAAACCAGCUCCCCUCCACUUCUUCGUUUCCUUUUCGGUUUUUUUUUCUCCGUUUCUUCGCCUUUUCGUUUUUGAGAAUGUUUCCAUUGCAGUCCGUCUCACAUCAUCACUUGUUACUGGUCAGCUUUUUCUUGAUUCAUUCGGCUUGCGUCUUCUUGUUCUGCUUCACCAAUCUGCUCGGCUAUAUAAAUCUCUUCAAGUAGGAUAUCAUGCAAGCGCUAGCUCUGUUUUCUCUGGCGAGAUACCACUUGCCUCCUCUUCCUGUCUCAUUUUCGUUUGGUACUUUUCCUGAAAGACUGCCAAGUGCUUUCGAAUUGAUCUUUGUGUCACAAUAAACUUAGGUCUCACCAAAUAAUUCAUGUUGUUUGCAAUCUGUGUCCAUAGUCUAGCUACCUCGUUCGACCGAUCCCUUCUUGCUUUGGAAUGGAUUUACCAACCGAAUAUCUCGACAAUAAAUUAUGUUAUGUUCCAUAGUCCACCCCAUCUGAUAACAACAACAAAAAUAUCACUUUAUAUUGGUUUUGAAAAGUAAUGUCACCAUAGAUAUCUCAUAUACACUAGAUAGCGCAUCCCACCCUGUAGGCAGGCGAAAAUUGAAGCCUGAUCGCAGUCGCAGUUUAUGUGCGGCGGCCAUAUUGGUCGUUCCCACGGAGCGUGAUAAUUUGUAUAUUUUGUAUUGCGGAAAUGAACAAAGUUGACAAUAAAUCCUCUUUUAUGCAGUCAGUUUUGGUUUUUCAAGUGUGCAACUUGUUGUAAAUGAUGCCAGAUCGUUGGAGCUUCAUAUUGUGAAUAACGGGUAGGCAGAAUUUUUUUUUUUUUUUCGAAAAUAUCAAUAUUUGUCGACCCGUAUGAAGGGCGCCCAUAGGACAAACCUUAUGGACAAACCAUCAUUGUUGAUGUAUAUAUAAAUAUAGUUCCACCAAUUCCAAAUAAAACAUUUUGAGCCAUCGCCAUUGCUUCAUGGCAAAAUUGUGAAUGUAUUUGCAUAUUCUUUUGUAAAAGACAGCGACACUGAAAAACAUAUUUUAGUCACAGUUUAUCAAUGGCAAAAAUAGACUUUAAUUAUAAAAUCUUAAAUAGUCAAUAUAUAAAACAUUGAUACCAAAAAUGGUUCUUACUCCUUACUAUUUAUAUAUUUAUUACAUACAUACAACAUAUCAUAUAUUAUUUUAUAGUUCCAUGGAAUCAUAUCAAGAUUAAAAUGUGUUAGAAGCUAGAGAAGAAUAAUUGCAACUUAGUAUAUUCGCAGGCAAUAUAACAUAAUUGAUAUUGCUUUAUGUAAAUGUAGUUGAUAAUCAAACUUUCUAAAACCUUCAAUUGUAUGAAUGCUUCAAACUAGCUUUAAUAUUUGAUGUUAAGAAAUAUUUCUUUCUGUUGAGUCCUAGACCUUUUGUUUUUAAUUCAAGCAAUCAAACUGCUAAAUUGCUGUAAUUAUUAACAGCAUAGGUCAUUGAUAAUCGGCUGAAUUUUAGAACUGCUUUGGGAAACCCUAUUUUGUAAUGAGACACAUUACUUCUUGCAUUAUUGUAUAUUGUAUAUUGUAUAUUGUAUAUUGUAAGGUCAAUGGGAUAAACUGCUUGAUCAGAUGCACAGUAGAUUUUAUAAUCUUAAAUAUAGUUGCACUCACUAUUGUAUAAAUAAUUCUAUUGUUAUAAUAAAGUAUUACUUUUGACUUUGUGUAUAAAUAGUGUUUUCUAAUUCUUUGACUCAUCAGAUGCACAAUAAUUAAACUUUUCUAAAAAAAUAAAAUAAAUUUGCCAGUACUCUCAGGAAUUGAAAACAUGAUAAACUCUCAAUUUUUGCCUUUUGAGUUUAGUGGUUACUGUAAAUAUCAUUAAAAAAUGUCCAAUUUUAAAAAAAAAUUUGGAGACCUGAAGAAGUUUUGGUGCCAAUUGAAAUUAAAAAUUUGAAUUAAACUCAGAAAAUUUCAUAGCAAUGGGUAAAGUCAUUCCUGAUGCAAAAAGUAUAAGAAGUAAUAGUGAAGGGUCAAGUGACAGAAUCAAAAAUCAAAAGAAAACUUCCCAGGACAUUUCAUCAGUAAGCAAUUUAUUUUUACAGUAUACUAUUAUAUUGAUUGAAAUUAGACUUGCAUUAACAUGAUAAACAUCCCUAAGGAUGAAGUACUAUGAAAACAGUUGAUACAAAAUGUUCAUCAAGAAAAGUGGUCACCCAAAAAGCAGAUGUUUAUAUGUUCUGACCACUUUUGUUCUGGUUGCAUUGUCCAUACUGUUCUGUUCUCAGAAAGCAGACACUUAUAUGCUCUGACCACUUCUGUUCUGGCUUCAUUGUUCAUUGUCCAUAUACAAUCUUUUUACUGAGCUAGAUCACCAUAUUUUUGACUCACCAGUUGGUGAAAAUCAUGUUAUAUUUCAGUUGACCAAGAGCAUCAUCAAGAGUUACUGUGAGGUUAAAUUUUACCAUCUUGCAAAAAAGACCACUGAGAAUUCAUCUGGACAAAAAAUUAGAAAGAAAUUAAAUAAACUUGUACCUUUUAAGCACCAGUGUGAGUGAUUACACAGAAUGUAUCAGAGAAAGCUAAAUAUUACUAAAAUUUACUAUGAAACUGCCCAAGCUGAAAGUGCACACUCUGCCUCAAACAUAAUUUUACUAAAGAUUUAUAGUGAAAACUGCCCAAGCUGAAAGUGCAAACUCUGUCUCAAACGUUUCACUAAAGAUUUAGAGUGAAAACUACCCAAGCUGAAAGUGCAGACUCAGACUGUCUCAAACAUUUCACUAAAGAUUUACAGUGAAAACUUUACAGUAUAAACUGCCUACGCCGAUAGUCGAAACGUUACUUACCAACUUCCAUUUCCAUAAAGUGGUGCCAGAAACCGUAAGUACAUGUAUUGAUUAGACGAUACUUCACCAGAGAAUCACUCACAGAUUCAAAACAAGUAUAUAAAGCCAAUGUCGUAAUUCGAAAUUUUUAGCUUUAAAAUGCGAUUCAAAGACAACAACAUCGCCAAUUAAUGUUUUUUCUUGUACCCUUUUCCAAAAAAGCUGCGAUUUCAAGGCGAACGUACCUCAAAAAGGUAUUUUUAAUCCAGAAAUGCAAAAAAGCCUCGAAAAGUAUAGUAUUUUCUAUAGCAUUUCAUUGAUGAGUGGGAACGACCAAUAUGGCCGCCGCCUAUUUUCAUGGGGGAAACCGCUGAGAUUUUUGGCUUCAGUUUUGUAUUCCGAGAUGCGCUAUCUAGUGUAUAUGAGAUAUCUAUGAAUGUCACAGACACGAAAGGCUUUAUAUCAACCAAAUAUUAAAUGCGUCUUCAGCCAAAUUUUAAAAAUGAUAUAAUGUAAUUUUUAUGUGCACUAAUCAGCGAAACAUAGGUGAAGAAAUAGAAUGUUAAAAAUAUAAGUUUAAAUAUAAGUUUUUAUCUGAUUUGCAUGCUCCCAAUGCCCCCAUGUUUCUAAAACAUAACACAACCAUUUGUAGAUUUAUAUAAAUACAUACAACUAAACUAUUUUGAGUUCAAUUACCAAAAUUAGCAUAGUUGCUGAGGCAUUUUAUUUAUAUUCAAAUCAAAUUAUGCAAAUAUCAAUAUGGUGACAAACUAUGAAUUUAAUAAAAAGUUUAAUUAACAAGUACUCUUUCAAAAUGUUACUCUAAUAACGGCAAUUUUCACAAAUACCUUUUAUAAUCUUAACUAACGCAAAUUUUCAUCAAUACCUUUUAUAACGUUAAUCUCAAGUGAUGAGUUCUCACGUUGCUGUUACAACGCCAAAACACUGGCUCUCAUGUCGUCGACACGACGAGAAACGUCACGAAAUUGCAGCAAAUGUCAGCAAAAUUAAGUUCAGUUAACACUUCCGGUCGGCGUUGCCGUCGCAGAUCUCGUCCAAUCUUAAAGUCCCUAUUCUGACAUACAAUGGGGCAUUCUGACCCGUCUGCUUCGUCGAGUAACAAAAUUUCUUAUCCAGUUUGUUAUGAUUGAUGGAACGUCCAUACCAGAUAAUUUACUUUGGAGAGGUCGAAUAAAAAAUUUCUCACAGCCUUUUUCGUCACAUCAGUUUCGUUUAAUAGGUGAUGGACAAGGCUCAAUAAGCAUGUGUUGUUGAGGAGUUUUUAGAAAUUUUCGUUUAUCAAUCUCCCCACUAAUCAACUCCAUUCGCCAGUGUGCAACAAAACGUUCACAUGUUUUUGACAAAGUGCAAGCAUUAUGCAUUUGGUCGUUGCAUAGCACACUUUGCCUGUGCGUCAACAUCAAUUGCUAAUGUAUCUUUUAAGAGCAGAGUUAUUCAACCUAGCAGUGUUUCAGAUAUUUUUAAUUAUAUCAAUUUUUUAUUGUUUUGCGUCUAUUGGGACCAAAUUCAAUGUUGUUACAUUCAAAGUUCUGAACGCAUUUUUUAACUUUCUAAGAGCAAUGACGUGCUGCGAGAUUAUGCUCCAUUGAACAGUGACAUUGAUGCUGAACUGUACCUCACCGUGCACAAAUCCCACCUCUUCACUUCAUUAAAUAUUAUUCAACGUGGUUGUGCGCUUCAUACGAAAAUACAAAAUAGACUCACAAAUUGCGGUGACCAGCAAAUAUUGAGAUAAAUUCAAAUAAAAACGUAACACAAUUAUUUAUAGCUACUAUUACCUUUCAACUAAGAAAGGUAAACGUAGCUAUAAGAUAUGUAUACACAUGACAGAUUUAUAUUUUUCCAGAACGGAGUAACGAUUAACUUGAUACCUUUGUUACGUACUGAUUUGUGUAAUUAUUUUUUUUAUUCUGUCUUUGGUUCAUGAGGUGAUGCUCUAGUCAUCUACAUGAAUCUAUACUAAUUCACUUACAGCAGCCAUAAAUUUUCAGAAAUAUGCAUGUCUAUAUCAUCAGGUGAUAACCGCUAUGAUUUUGAAUAAAAUUACAGACAGCCCCACAUUUCUUGGGAUAUACCCACUCACCCUCCCCUCCCCCCUCCCCUCCUUCCAUACGAAUUGAGAGCUUUCAAACGAAUUUACGUUUUAUACGGCAUGUGCGAUCGUUGUUCGUUCCGUUCCGGGAAAAGAUACAUAGCCCUCCUAGUUUUCCUGAUUUUGUGCCCCCAAACUGACGAAUUCUUAAAAGGGACCCCGAUACGUUUUCAACACAUUAUACACAUUAUAAAUGCAGAAAACUUUGAUUUACAAACCUGUGGGUAUCAGGCAGCUUGCAUUGUAUUCCUAAACGUAAACAAAUAUCGUCGUUAAUUCUACUUUGUUUUUAAAACUUAUCAUUGCUGGAGACAAGAUUUAAUUAAACUGAAGGCAAGCGUACCUUACUGUAUAUGUUUACUCAAAUAAAGGAGCAUAAUUUUCAAUACAAAAUUUCAAUUAAUUUUUAGUAAAAACGUUGAGAAUUAAUUAUUACAGAAUAGAUCUUGCAAAUUUACAAGGCAUUUUUUGUUAAUCGCAUAAAAUUCAGUUAUAAAAAAGGCAUAUUAAAUUUAAAACUGCAAACUAAGUAUUAGACAACAAAGGGGAAUUUCGUUUUGACAAUCAAUGCAUUUGUUGACAAUUUCGUUCUAAGCCAAUCAGAAUGCGUAAUUGGUUUCUACUUCCGGUGAAAUCAUAGAUUUGAACAGAAAAUGAAGGGUUUUAAAUAAAGCUUCCAGGGGGUCAGGCUGGAAUUUGCUUUUUAUUGCCUUAAAUUAAGUUAUCGGCAUUCAAACAGCGGCGUAUAAAAGGCGCGAAAGUUCCAAUGCCGAUAAUUAUACAAUCAGGCAAUAAAAUGCAAAUCUCAGUCGCAAAAUUUUAGAAGAUUUCUUACCUUAGGGACCAUUCAUUAUGUAUAACCGUGGGUGGGCCGGCAAAAUUCAAAUAAUAACUAAACAAAAUGUCCUGCCCCACCCCCUUCAUCACAAAAAAUUAAUGACCCCCUUCGAAUGAAUUCUAAAAAAUAGUAACCCACCACCACCACCGACAAUAUGUAUAGGUUAUUUUGGGGGCAACGAGGGGAUAUGUGAUUUAUUCACCGAGGCGCGCAGCGCCGAGGUGAAUAAUCACAUAUCCCCGAGGUGCCUCAAAAUAACAUACUUAUUUUUCACAUUGCGAGAUCGCGUUAAUGAUUCAGAAUACAAGUAAUUUCUAAUGCCUUAUUGCCUUCGUUAUGUUUUUUUUUUUCCCCAUUUUUUGUGCUGCAAAGACAUUGCAGGUGAAUAUAAGAGGGGAUUAUUAAUUACAGGUGAAUAUUAGAAGGGAUUAUUAAUUACAGGUGAAUAUUAGAGGGGAUUAUUAAACUGAAAUUGAUUAGAGGGGAAUAUUGAAUAUAUUCCCCGAUAAGAACAAAGGAAAUCGAGCAGGGUGAAAAAUAAAAUAGAUGUACAUUACUGUAUAGAAAUGAGCUCUUUAAACUUGUUAUAAAAGGCAUCAGAUCUUUCAUUUACUUGUGCUUUCAACAAUUAAUAUGCAUGCUUAUUUAACUCAUUAAGCUACAGAGUUUCCUGUUGACGAGCAAAAGCAUUUGGCGUUAAACGAGUACAAAAAUAAGUAACCGGGUGCAAUGGGUUAAAUAGAGGAAUUGUCAGAUAUUUUGAUUCACCCAUUAAACUGGAGAGCGCCGAAGAGGCUAAAGCUGGGGGUCAUACCAUUUUUCGCUACUAAGAGUGUAGUAAAAAGUUGCUCAAAAAGGAAAAAGUUGCUUCAAAUUGCUCGAGCCGAAAAAGUUGCUCCACACGCAAAAAGUUGCUCAAAAGUUGUCGAACACAAUCGGGACAUGCCUAGCAGAGCUUCCCCGUUGACCAGUAAAAUCGGUUAGGAGCAUAGGGUUAGGAGUAGGGUUAGGGUUACAGUGCCGUAGAAAGCUCAUUUUUAUUGGGGAGCUGAAAGCGAGGGCCAAAGGCCCAAGGGAAUUUUUAAAUUUAGAGACUCUGCAAUGCCAUUUCCUGGACUUUGGGGGAAGAUUUGACAGAAUUCUGAUGGUAAGAAAACAGCAUUUUAGUAUGUCGACAUUUACAAUUUAUUAGCACUAAAUGGGCGAAGGCGUAUUUAAUUAACUAUAUAUUGGAUAAGUUGCAGGAAAGUAUGAGAAAUAUCUUCAUUCUUUGAAGUUUGUCAUAGGGAUAAUGUAGCCGCUUAAAUAAAUUGAUCAAUUGUCAGUAUUUUAAAGGUAUAUUAUUUAAAUAAUAAUGUCUGCAUGAUUUUGGAAAGAUCCGCAGCCUCCCUCCCCCCAGCGCCCCCGGUUGCUACGGCCCUGGCUUUGGAGUAUGGUUAGGGUACUACGUCAAUGAACUACAAAGACCGCUAAACAGCUAGUGACUCAGACAUUUUACUCGGGCUCGGAUUUGACUCGGACUUGACACGGUAAACAGACAAACUCCUAGCUCAAUACUAAAUUAAACCAUGUAUAAAAUACCUAGUAUAAUCUAGUGUAUAUAGUAUAUGCCAAACUGUUUAUAUAGUAUAUGCUAAACUGCCAAAAUUUUUCUAUAAAGUGUACAUAAUUGAAAUAUAUAUGGCAAAUAUUUAUGGCAAGUUCAUGGAAAAAGUUAUAAAGGUAGAUGUUCGAUUAUUUUUCAUAAUAUUAGCUGCGCGCAUUGCAUUUUGGGUAUUUGUUCAUUGCAUUUUGAGUCUAUCUGUUGAUUAAAUUGAGAAUUUUGCUAGCUAUACAUGAAUUAAAUUUGCUGCCUUGCUCGCUCCCUGUGGUAGCAAUAAUCGUUACAUGUCAAAUUUUCUCCACUAUAAUACCACAAUAAUAAAUAACUGGACCCCCCCCCGUUCUGAACUAAUAUUUUUAGGUGGCCCCCCAUUUUCGGUCAAAAAUACCUCAUGAUCCACGCCCUUUUUUGCCAGCCCACCCACAUGCAGUCUUGAAUAAUGAAUGGACCUUAUCUUGUCACGUUGAAUCCAAUAAAAAUAAUUAAAAAUCCUGGCCUAAUCGAACUUUAAUUUAUUAAGACCCUGAAUUUUCUGUUCAAAUGCUUGUUUUGACUGGAAGUGGGCUUUCUGUGGUGGCAUGGAAACUACAUACAGUAACCAUUUACGCAUUCUGUUUGGCUUAGAGCGAAAUGGUCAACAAAUACGCUGAUUGGUCGAGAACGAAAUUCCCUCGUGUUGAAUUAGACAGAAACAUGACAGUUCACAAUAUAGUUGUUUUUUCAUUUUCCAAGUCCAUGCAUAUACUGUAUAUACCAACUACUUGAGGAUAAGAAGUAAUUAACUAAAUUACCCUCGCCUUUUCUGAGCUUAUAAAAUAAAGAUGAUCAAAGGAUGGGUCCAUUUUCAGCAAUUCUUCAGAUGUAUUGCGUACCACAUUAUGUAACAUUUCACAAUUUUUCUCAAGGGGUGAACUCCAUUUCUUUUUAAAGUUGAUUGAUCUGCAACAUGGUUCCUGGUCACAUACGAUAAGGCAAUCCAACUGUCCAUCAACGUGUGUAGUCGUGAAAAGAGUCGUAUUUAGUCUGUAACCUAGUGUAAUGACGAAAGCAUGUGUAAUAAGUACCAACGAGAUCAGAAAAUAAUUUAUUCAAUGCCCCCUUUCUCAGUACUGCUUACACUGCAGUGGAAAUGAGCAAUUUUGUGAUGAAGGCAGAUAAAAUUAUUUUCAAAAACAUAAAAAAAUCGACGUUUCAGACACUAUAAUAAUUCUAAAGCACUUCGAGGUAUUGACAUGUAAGUACUUCGAGCAAAGUGUUGAUAUGUUUUUGUAUAUCGACUAGACAGUAAAUACAAGCGACGGUCCAAUUAUCGCCAAGAAUGUAACCUGGACGAGCUUGCGAUUUGACGCAGUUUUUAUAAUAAUUUACGAUACGUAUUUAAAUAUACAAUUUUGUUAGCAUUGGAUGCCUGACGCAUUCAGGGACGUCUUGUUUGACGUCGACACCAUUUGAAGGCGGAUGGUAGUUUUUUCUACUUUUCGAAAUUUAAAUAUCUAAAAACGUCGUCUCCUACCUUUAUGACUGUCAUUGUAACAAAAGUUCGGGAUGUAUAUUUGUGGAUGUUGCGCACUAACCAGGAAUAUGGAUUGAAUAAAAAAGUACAACCAAUGAUAUUUGUGUCUCAUUGUAGCUCGU